UCUUAGUUAUAUUUCCUCUCCACUUUCUCUCUCUCUCUUCCUUUUUUUUUUUUUCUCGAGAAAAAGAAAGAAAAAAAAGAAAACACUUCUCUCGCACACUACAUUACAUAUCUAUGCUCUCUCUAUAUAUAGAUCUCACCAUCUCACCGCCCCUCCUGUUUUCAUUUAACACUUCCAUCCAUUGACGAAACAUCAGAAUACAGAGAAGGAAACAGAAAGGGGAGGGAAUUAGGCAGGAGAAUCUGAGGUUUUUGUCACCGAUAACAAAUGGGUUCGCUUCCUCCUGAACUGAGCUUGGAUUUUAGGCCAACUUAUGUCCCCAAAACUAUCAGUGAUUUCCUCAACGAGGUGUCGAUUAUCGGAGAUAUUUCUGAAAAGGUCUCGAAACUUGAUGGUUUUGUCAAAGGAUUAGAAGAGGAAAUGAGGAAGAUCGAUGCGUUUAAGCGCGAGCUCCCUCUUUGCAUGCUUCUCUUGAAUGAUGCAAUCCUAUUUUUGAAGGCAGAGUCCACACAAUGUGCAGCAUCAAAUAAUCAACCGGUUUUAGAAGAAUUCAUCCCAUUGAAGACAAACUGUGAUGAUGAUGAUGAUGAACAAGAUGGUCCAAUCAAAAAGGAAAAGGACUCCAAAGACAAGAAAAAUUGGAUGAGCUCUGUUCAGUUAUGGAACUCUAAUGAUCAUCACUCUACUGAUUAUAUCUUUGAUCAGAAACAAAAUCUCAAACUAGAAUCUAAGACAACUAAGAAAGGAAAUCAAUUUGCAAAUGAGGAUACAUUCCAGGCCUGCAAAGGCAGGAGUCCAGCAAGAACAUUUUUGCCAUUUAAGACUUACUCUGGUUUAUCUAGGAAGGAGGAUAAUGAUACUAGUGAGGAAUUGCCAGUUCCUGGACUCUCCCUUCUAACUCCUGGAAUCAAGAACUUGAGGGCAGAAUCUGGCUCUACAAGAAUCAGUUGUAGUAGAGCAGUUUCCUCUUCUGCCCCUAAUCCUCAGCCAAAUUUACGAAAUGGACAACCAUCUCAGCAACAAACUGCUAGGAAGCAGAGGAGGUGCUGGUCCCCAGAGUUGCAUCGCCGGUUUGUCAAUGCUCUACAACAACUUGGAGGAUCUCAAACUGCUACUCCAAAGCAGAUUAGAGAACUGAUGCAAGUCGAUGGAUUGACCAAUGAUGAAGUGAAGAGUCAUUUGCAAAAAUAUCGACUUCAUACACGAAGAAUGCCACCAGCUACAGCAGCCUCUGCAAACCAAUCUGUUGUUGUUUUGGGGGGUUUGUGGAUGUCCCAAGAUCAGUAUGGUGACUCCUCAAAGACUACCAGUUCACAGUCCGGCUCUCCUCAAGGUCCCCUGCAGUUAGCAGGAAACACUGGAGGGACCUCUACAACUGGAGGCGAUAGCAUGGAAGAUGAUGAGGAUGCUAAAUCCGAGGGCUAUAGCUGGAAAAGUCAUAUUCAUAGAUCAGGAAAAGAUGAUGUAUAGAGAGUAUCCACCAUGAAUUUUGCAGAUAAAAUUAUGCAUGGGAGGAUUGUAUGACUCGAGGAAAAAAAAACCCAUAAAAGAUACAUCAUGAAGGGGGAUCUUAAGAGUGAGAGGCUGUGAAAUUUUGCAGGAUUAGCUUUCCUUCUGUCUUAAAAGUUGAGUUUUGUAUUCUCUCGGAGUUGAUAUAAGAAUUCUAAUAUCCAUGUUUGGAUGGAAGAAACAAGGCCUUAUUCUCAUACCCAAAAGCUUUUCCUGUGUCAUUAUAAGAAUCCUCUGUGCUGAACUUAUCUUACCAAUAUGAGGAUUAAAAAUGUUCCAUUGCUAGAGAUUUUAGUUCAACGUGUUUCCCUCUGAAAGUUUCCAACUUCAGAUGGAGAAUUUCUUGUCCUGAAACUUCAUCAAUACAAGAUUUAUAUUAAAUUGA